GAAGAAGAGAAGUGUGAAGACGACGGAGGCAAGCGAGAGGAACAUCCGGGUAUGGAAGCCGAACAACAUGAACUGCUGGCUCUCGUCGCACUCCUCCCACUCGUCGGGGUCGUAUCCGAGUUCCUUCGAGAACACCAUCCCUGCCCGCUGCAGUGCCCUGAAAUCAUUUUACCAAUUCACAAAGACCUCCGAUCAAAUAGCCAGCCGAAGGAACGCGCCACAGGUCUGGCCAGCGCCAUGCCACCGACCAAAGCUCACGACAACGAAAGAGCAGAACUGGGCAACACCUCGAGCACGUGGAUGAGCCAGCAGGACUGGCACUUGUGA